AUGUUUGUUGCGUACGGAUUUUUUUUUUUUUUUUCACUAUUCUUUCUCUACCUCUGCGAUGGCACCACGGCCGGUGCAAGGAGCGCUCACAACAACAACCAACAACAAGAAGAACACCAAAACCAAAACCAACAAAAAAAAGAGGAAUUACCACCACCAGGGCUUACUUUCCAAAUGGCUGAUCAACUGUCCAACGAGCAGAUCUCCGAGUUUAAGGAGGCAUUCUCGCUGUUCGACAAGGACGGCGAUGGCACCAUCACGACGAAGGAGCUCGGCACGGUGAUGCGCUCGCUGGGCCAGAACCCGACGGAGGCGGAGCUGCAGGACAUGAUCAACGAGGUGGACCAGGACGGCAGCGGCACCAUUGACUUCCCCGAGUUCCUGACGCUGAUGGCCCGCAAGAUGCAGGACUCGGACUCGGAGGAGGAGAUCAAGGAGGCGUUCCGCGUGUUUGACAAGGACGGCAACGGCUUCAUCUCCGCCGCCGAGCUGCGCCACGUCAUGACGAACCUCGGCGAGAAGCUGACGGACGAGGAGGUGGACGAAAUGAUCCGCGAGGCCGACGUGGACGGCGAUGGUCAAAUCAACUACGAGGAGUUUGUCAAGAUGAUGAUGAGCAAGUGA